AGUGAAAAUUUAUCAGCGUUUGUAUUGGAAAAGAAAAUUAUCGAUUUUUGUAAACCAGUAUACGUAGGUUUCGCAAUUUUAGAAAUUAGUAAAACUCUCGUAUACGAUUUCCAUUAUAACGUAAUGAAGAAAUAUUUCAAAGACCGUGCUCUACUAUUAUACGGUAACACAGAUUCAUUAGUGUACUUUAUCGUGGGUGAUGACUUUUACGCGGUGGCAAAGAAAAAUCCUGAUCUAAUGGCUAGACUUGACACUUCAGGUUUGCCGAGCAGUCACCCGUGUUAUUCAAACGCUAACAAAAAGGUGCCUGGUUUGUGGAGUGAUGAAGCGCCGGGGAAAUCUAUAUUGGAGUUUAUUAGUCUAAGACCAAAAUGUUAUGGUUUUGACUUGGAGGGUAAAGAAAAAAUUAAGGCGAAAGGGAUACGUGGUCACGUUGUGAAAAAUCAUCUUACAGUCGAGGACCUGAAACGCUGUUUGUAUGCUGAAGAGGAGCCUGCAGUAAGCGAAGCUCAUGCAACAGCGGCUACAUAUGGCAUGAUGGUUGUAAACAACAUUCAUGAGAGAGCCGUGGACCCUUAUUGCCCCGUUGUAAAGUACCCGACUUAUACACCAUACAGAGAAAAUGUGUCAAUCAGAUCAUUUCAACACCAAAUAUACACCAUUAAGACUAUGAAAAUGACAUUAAACCGUUUAGAUGAUAAGCGGUUUACAUCAGAAGACCGUAUUACUACCUACGCUUACGGAAUGAAGACAGCAUUGAAACUUAAGAUUUGUAGAUACAUCUUAUAAACUAAUGUAAAAAUAAUAAACAGAUUACAAACAUUUAUUAGUAAA